AUGUUAAAUCAAGGUAGAGCUCUUUGGUAUGCUCUUAAAGUUGAAGAUUAUGAUUUGGUUGAGUUUCUGAUCACUCAAAAGACUGAUGUCAGAUAAACAUAUGAAUUUGAACCAAAACGAUAUUUGUCUACUGCUAGUUUGUUGACUCUCCGCGUCUGCUAGGCUCGUUCAAAGGGGUUGAAUAGUCAUCACUACAAAAGGAUGUAUUAGUUGCUUGAUAACUUUCUGUAAUAUGCUGAGGAAUGCGACAUUCGAUGCCAUUGUACAAAGAACUACGAACAUAGAUGCCCACUCUACAUAGCAUUGAAAACAUUGGGGGUCAAAAAGGAAGAUGACAUGUUUAAUAAGAAAAAUGAUAUUUUGAAGGCGUUGCUUGUCAAAGGAGCCAAUUUAAAAGUGUUCGAAGGGCAGACUUCGAUGAUUGAUGUGGAAGGAUAUAGACAAUAUCUAAUAUAGAGAAUUCAAUUCUAGAAAACAAAUGGAUUCAAGUAAACAUAAGAUGGAUAUGCUACUUUUAGUCAAUGA